AUGCUCUUCCUAAUAUUUCUUAUUUAUGAGGAACCAAUAGAUAGAAGGAUAUACGUCUCCGAGGCACUUUUUAAAAGUGUUUUUCCUGAACCUUGGAUACAGUCCUUCUUUUGCACCAUUGUCGCGCUUAUAUUAGCUUCGUUGUUUAUCCAGAGUGUCGGAUGCCGAACGCAAGCCCCAGCCGACUCCUCUCCGGUAUCGAUCCGCUCGAGACCACCCUGUUGGGCGCAAUGUGAGGAGUUGAAAAGAAUGGAUCACGAGUUUGUAGACGUCGUUCUCACCUCUAUGGAUUUUCUUCCACCUACUCUUAUGAUACUAUUGCACAGUACAGCACAGUACAGUACAGCUGCACAGUACACAUGCUUAAUUGCGCGUCUAAUUGAGACAAUUUUGUGUCCUACUAAAUAUCCAGGAGAAAUAUCCAGUCGUUUCUUGCGGGGUAAAUUUUAUCAUGAUGAUGUGAUGGUUGAGUAA